AAUCUUCAGAGUGACUGAAGCAGCCAAUCAUGUAGCUGUUUGUUUAUAACGCGUCAUCGUUUUUUUCCUCUCCAGCUUGUAAACACGUGGACCGAGCAGAGUGUGUUCCUGUCUGUCUACGGAGGACAUUUAAGCUAUUUAACCACUGUUCUAUCGUCCUCAAAAUGGCAAAAAGCCUCCGGAGCAAAUGGAAGAGGAAGAUGCGUGCAGAGAAGAGGAAGAAAAAUGCACCAAAGGAGCUGGCCCGUCUGAAACAAGCUCUGAGUCUGGAUAAGAAAGCAGACGCUGCCAUGACUGACCUGCAGGAGAUCGCCACCGUGGUGUCAGCUGACAAGAUCAAGAAGGAUGUGGAAAUAGGAGAGGGUGACGAUGGGAAGAUGGACAUGGACAGCAAGCGCAACAAGACAACUCAGUUGGAUGGAAAUGGUCAGUACCCUGUGUGGAUGAGCCAGCGGCAGGCCAAGAAACUGAAAGGCAAACGGAUGGCAAAGAAAAGUGGGCAGGGCAAGAAUAAAAAGGGCAUCGCCUGGUGAACCAGAGGAAACCAAGAGACCUUUGCUUUGCCUUAAAAGACUUUUGACGCAGGAACACAGAAUCAUUUCAUGUAUUCUUUUAUACGUGAUAACUGGAUUUUCUGCUAUUGAAUCUCAUUCUGUUCAGUGGGUUAUAAGAUUCAUGGAGUCCGUUCAUUAUAAAGUAAUUCACUGCAGGAAAAUGUUUGUUCUUAUGGAACAGCAGCUUCAUCUUCAUGUUGGGACAAGUUUUAAGAAACUAAGACAAAAUAUGUCUGAUUGUCAUGUAUUCUCUACUACAAUUUAAGUCUUUUCAUACUCCGAUAAAAAUGUUUUAUUUACAGA